GUAUAGUGCGGAGCAGUUUGAUUCACAGGAAAACACUCAUCCUGGGACACUUUACAAACCAGACUGCUAAGGAGAUUGUGUAGCCCUACGGAGGCACCAGCAUCUGCACCCAGUAUGAGUGAGGAGAGGAAGAAAAGAUGGUAGGCUGAGAAGUCUCCUUCCUUGCUUGCCAAGGGGACAUGCACCACCAGUGCUCUGUGGACUCUGACAUUGUAGACUGGCUUGCCAUCAUCCAUCUGGAGAGAUACUGGGAUACCUUCAAGCAGCAUGGAUAUGGCUCCGUGAAAGACGUGAUCACUCUCAGUAAGGAGGACCUACAAAAGCUUGGCAUCACUGCUACUGGGCACUGCAAAAGGAUUCUGAAUCUAGUGCAACGAACUCGGUUGCUUGUGAGGGACAAAAGUGGGCACAUGGCAGGAGAUGCCCAUUACAGAUAUGGCAAAUGUGUAGAUUGUCUAGAUGGGGUUAAGCCUGAGGAGAAGAAUGAAGUUGACACAAAUGAAGAAGUCCUGCUGGCAGAAAUGAUUUCUGGCCUUGGGCUUGCUCGUGGCUCAGAAAACCACAGCCAGCAUCCACCGUUGCGUAAGGAACCAAUUCCUCCUGUGAGCAAGCCAGUGCCCAAACCCAGGACUUUGUUCCCUCCUGCAUACCGAGCAGCUAAGCCAGAGCAAGUCUCGUUGUCACUGGCAAAAACAUCUGUACCUGCUAGUAAUGCCAUUUCUUGCUUUGAACAACCUCUGGGAACAUUUAUUAUUCUGGAGGGAUUUGAUCCAGGAGAAAGUACCACCGAUGUUGAGAGGCUGGAGCUCAUCCCAGAGCACCUGGCUGGGCCAGGAGACAAAGUCCCAGAGGUCAUCUCGCCAUCUCAGAGUAGACCAAAGGAGAACAACUCGGAAUCUGCUCUGCAGUUUUUUACUCCUGUGAAUGAAGUGAGUGGGGAGGUCAAGAGUAUGUAUGACCCCUCCUUCUCUUCCACCUUCAAGAGCCAGCCUGAGGACACUAUCAGUCCAAUGGAGUCUAUGCCAACUGCCAGCAAAGUACAGAAAGAGCCCUUGCUGCUUCCUUCUGCCCUCACCAAGUUAGCCUCCCCAGAGGAUCAGAAAGAGAUGGUGUCAGGUGUCACUGUGCUCUUGCCAGGGCCAGCUAAAGGCAUGGAGGCGAAGGAGGCUCUGAGGAGUCAGCCCAGCGUGCAGCCUUCUGGCCUCACUGUGCAAAAUGGGACUGUGACCACGGAGAGUGCCAACUCCCUCAGACAGCUCUGCCUAGAUCUGCACCAGACACCACAGGGACUUGCCAGCAGAUCAGGACCUGUUGAGGAGUCCAUCAGUCCCUACUGUGAGAGCAUGUUUGGGCAUUGUUGGUCUAUCCAGGGGCAGGGUGCAACAUCCCUUGAAUGGCAGGAAUAUGAAGAGUUGCCAGAAUGUACACCAAACACGGGAGAAGAAAGGCCCAUGAGCAGAAACACCAGGGUAGAAGAAAAGAGCCAUUCUGCUAAGAGAGAGGCUGCCGUCUUCAGCCGCAUUGUCCAGAAUGAGACCGAGGGCUACUCUACAGUGGAGGCUCCAUGGGCCAAGGACUCCCCAUUCAGACUCUCUGACCACCUGUAUCCGGAUGAAAUUUUAGACGAUUUAACUAUCUCCCCCUAUGCCAGCUAUACCUCAUUGUCUGAGCACUCAGCCACCGUCCUCAAUGGCUGGCUAGACAAGCUGUCUCCACAAGGGAACUAUGUCUUCCAGAGACGCUUCGUCAGAUGUGACAGGAAAAACCUCAUGUAUUUCAACAAUGAAAAGGAGCCGUAUCCUAAAGGUUUGGUUCCCCUCUCUGUCAUUGACGUGGUGCGCUCCACUAAGGACAACAAAUUCCAAGUUGUCACUAGACACAGGAUCUUCGUCUUCAGAGCUGAAAGUGAGGCUCAGCGGAACGAAUGGUGUCGCAUCCUGCAGCAGAAAGUGACUGAGCAGCGCCUCCUCUCUCCCCGACCAUGCCUCAGCAGCAGCGCUCAUCUCCAUAAGUUUGGCUAUCUAGAGCUCAAAGGCUACAAAUCCAAGCUGUAUGUGGCACUUCUCCUGGCUGAGAUGUGGCUGUACAAAAGUGAACAGUUGUUUAAAAUGGGCAUCGCCAUCUGCCUCAUUGAGAUGCACGGCGCCACUAUCCGAGAAGCCAAAGGCCGCACCUUUGAGCUUAUCACCCCAUUCAAAAUCUUCAGUUUUGGAGCUGAGUCUGAGCGAGAGAAACGGGAGUGGAUGGAAGCCCUGCAGAACUCCAUUGCUGAGACACUCUAUGACUAUGAGGUGGCUGAGAAGAUCUGGUCUAACAAAGCCAACCGGUUUUGUGCUGAUUGUUACGCCUUGAGCCCUGACUGGGCUUCCGUCAACUUGUGUGUGGUGAUCUGCAAGCAGUGUGCAGGUCAACACCGGAGCCUGGGCUCCAGCAUUUCUAAGGUGCAGAGUCUGAAGCUGGACACAAGCAUUUGGAGCAAUGAGAUGGUUCAGCUGUUCAUCAUGCUGGGGAAUGAGCAAGCAAACAAAUUUUGGGCAGCACGCCUCCCACCUGCUGAGUCCUUGUACCCUGAGGCUAGUGUUGAACAGAGACGAGACUUCAUCACUUGCAAGUACCGCUAUGGGCGAUACCGCAUGCCACAUCCACAGUACAGCAGCCAGGAAAGUGUUUUGCAGGCUCUGUGUGCAGCUGUGUCUGGGCCUGGAUUGCUGAAAACGAUGUUGCAGUUCUUUGCAACCACCAUGGAAAGUGAGGCUGGAGUUUGCAGUGGGCAGGAUCAGCAAGGGAAUUGCCCAGGCAAUGUUGGUGCAGAGGAGCUGAGCUCAGAAGGAGUCUACAAUGAGAUCACACAACCUGUAGCCCACUGUGGCUUCCUGCACAAGGCCCCAAUCGUGACAAAACUCACUGUCACCAAGAAGAGCAGAGAGGACUUUCAGAGAGUCUGGUGCUCGCUGGAGAAGUUUUUCCUCUUCUAUGAGACUGAUAGGUGCUCUGAGCCGCUGGGAAAGAUAGAAAUGGCUGAUGUGAUUUCACUGGGUGUGAACAGAACAGAUGUGCUGGCUAGUCCUGUCUCCUCUGAAAGGCCCCGCUUCACACUGGAGCUGUAUCUAAGCAAUGAACGAGUACAGCAGUUGUUGACGGAUGGGCCAGACAGUCUGCAGUCCUGGGCCAGUGCCAUUGGCAAGUGGUUCACCCCUCUCAGUUGUCACUGCCUGCUGGGGUACGAAUUCCAGAGGGUUGGCAGACUCUGCUACAAGUCAAUGUUGAAUCCCAAUCAGUGGCUGCAAGGUUUCUUCAUCCUCCAGAAAUCUCACCUCUUCAUCUGCCCAGGAGAAGAGGGGGCAGCUGAGGACAGCAUCAACCUGCGGCAGCUUCAGGAGCUCAGAGUUGUUCCCCUUGCUGAAGGUCCAGAGAAGAAAGAGAUGCUGAUCCUGGUGGAGAUGGGACGGACAUUCUGUCUUCGAGGAGCAUCCCGGCUUGACUUUUCCACAUGGUGCAUGGCUAUUCAGGCUUCAGCAGGAGGACAGGGGAAUGCUUUGCGCGAUCAGCAGCUCAGCAGGAGUGGCAUCCCCAUCAUCGUGAACAGCUGUAUUGCAUUCAUCACCCAAUAUGGGUUGCAACAUGAAGGUAUUUAUCGGAAGAAUGGAGCCAAGUCCCGAAUCAAGGUUUUGAUGGAGGAGUUCCGUCGAGACGCCCGAAAUGUCAAACUGCGCAUCAAUGACAAUUUUAUUGAAGAUGUGACAGAUGUACUGAAGAGGUUUUUCAGGGAGCUGGAGGAUCCUGUUUUCACCACAUACUUGCAUCCCCAGUGGAAGAAGGCCGCAGAAAUCAUCCAGAAGUCCCAAAGAUUGGAGCGAUACAAAGAGCUGAUAAACCGCUUGCCCCACCUCAAUAGCAGGACCCUGGCUGCUCUGAUUGGCCACCUCUACCGGGUUCAGAAAUGUGCUGGCCUCAACCAGAUGAGCACCAAGAACCUGGCUCUGCUCUUUGCACCGAGCCUCUUCCAAACUGAUGGAAAAGGGGAGCAUGAGGUCAAAGUGAUGGACGAUCUGAUUGACAACUAUGUUCAUAUCUUCAACAUUGAUGAAGACCAAGUGUUGCAGAUGGAUCUGGAGAACAGUUUGAUUACUACCUGGAGGGAUGUCCAGUCGCCUUUUCCCCUACAGCUCUCACAGGCUGGUGAUAUAAUUCUUGAGGUUUACCUAGAGCAGAAGAACCCUGAUUGCUGUGUCACUCUUAAGGUAUCUCCCGUAAUGAGAGCAGAAGAACUGACAAAUCAGGUGCUGGAGAUGCGAAAUGUAGCAACCAGUCUGGACAUAUGGCUGACCUUUGAGGUCUUAGAGAAUGGGGAGCUAGAGCGCCCUCUACAUCCGAAGGAGAAGGUUCUAGAGCAGGCCCUACAGUGGUGUAAGCUGCCAAAGCCCAGCUCUGCUUAUUUGCUAGUGAAAAAGGUGCCCAUCAGAGAAGGCAGUUGCCUCUUCACAGGUGCUAAACGUGAGAGCCCCAAAUGUGGUCUGUUGAAGUGCCGUGAGGAACUGCCCAAACUCCUGGGGAGCAAAUUUCAAGAGCGCUACUUUGUCAUCAGGGACCGCAAAUUGCUUCUGUUGAAAGAGAAACGGAGUGCCAAGCCGGAGCGGGAAUGGUUGCUGGGCAUGGCCAAGGUUUACAUGGGGAUUCGAAAAAAGCUGAAGCCGCCUUCACAGUGGGGUUUCACUCUGGUUCUAGAAAAACAGCAGCUGUAUUUAGCAUGUAUGGGAACGUCAGACCUGUGGGACUGGACCACAAGCAUCCUGAAAGCCCAGCAUGACAGCAUUCGCCCAGUCAUCCUACGUCGACGCUCAUCUUCCGACCUGGCCAAGCAGAAGUUUGGCACCAUGCCCCUGAUCCCUCUGCGUGGAGAUAGCACCAAUCCAAUCAUGCUCUCUGCUAAUCAGACCUUGCACCGCCUGCAUACACGAAGGACAUUGUCCAUGUUUUUCCCAAUGAAAAUGCACCAGGAUUCACUAGAGGAGCAGCAAGAGGCAACUGAGUCUGAGCCUGUCUACGAGGAGGUGGGCAGCUUCACAGACAUGGAUUUUCUAGAGCUCCCUCAGUCCCUGCUGCCUCCUGUGGAUCGAACCAAGAAGCCAGUUCCUGCCUCAGAGCAGGCGACCUCCACCUCACUGCCCCCCUGCCCAGCCCCCAGAGAAUCUGGAACCGACUUGGCAAAAGCAUACUGCUUUGAGAGGACUCUUAGGCUGGAGAAGGAGCCCCUCACAGACAGGCUCCCGGGACACCGAAUGACCCCAAGUGCCUGUAUAGAGACCGAUCUGCCUGCCCCAGACUGGAAGCAGGUCCAGCCAAUGGCAGCACCAACCCCCGCUCUGGACGUUUCAGCUGGGAUGGAGAUGCGAGCCGGUGAGACCAGGAAGAAAAGCUUCCAGGUAGACUUCUCUGUCGGUGACAAACUCAUGCAGGAGCUGAGUUCUGCCAUCCUCCGGAAAAACGAAUGCCACGUACCUGUAACACCAGGAAAGCAGAAACCCCUGGAUGGGGCCCAGGGUCAGCUGGAAGGGUCAUGUGAUCUGAGAACUGAGAGUUCUUAAACUAGAACUGGGCUCAGCACGGUACUGGGCACAAUGAGUGAUGGGAGUCUGCAGGUCUGCAGCACAUCUCUGCCCUUGGUGGAUAUAAUAAAAUAUCCUGCCUGGAAGUAUUGCAUUAAGAAAUCGUCUCCUCUCAAAAUAUUUUAUCAGAGUUCUCAGUCACUCCUAAAGUGGUAGAAAGCAAAGUGGGGUGGGGUUUACCAAGUGCAUCCCUGUCCUAGCCUCAACUCCAGUUCAUAUCCAUAUGCAAAAUAACACACUGAGGACUGCAUGUAGGCCACAAUUCCUUGGAAAAAUGUGGGACUGAGCACAGGAUUCAGCUUCCUGGGAAUCUCAGUUUUCAUUUUUUAAAGUUUAUGGCCCUUAUGUUAAGAUGAUACACUUGCAAGUCUGUGUGCAAUGCCUGUUGAUACCACAGAACACAGAUGGGUGGUUGAGUAUUUCCUGCGAUUAUUUGAAGAUGUCACAGACUUCAUGGUGGAGAAUUCAGAUUGCUUGGCCAUAGAUUUUUGUUUACACAGGCCUGCACAUAUCUCUGUCAAAAAUGGAAGAGAUGCUCUUGCAAGGGUAAGAAAAUCCCCAUUUACUGAGGCAGUUCUAAAAUUUAUGGUGUUGUUACAGCAGUGUUCAUACUGCCAAUUAGAUUAAAAUAAUUUUGUACAAUACAGAGCAAGAGAGUUUGCUUAUAACGAGUAAUCUGGAAUAGAGUUGCCCAGUGUGCAUAGUACAUGGAGCCAAAGAUUUGUUCAUGCCAUCAUGGAGACAAAUGAGUCACAAUGUUUUGAAGAUUGUUGAAGCGAUGAUGAUAAUGAAUUAGAUUUAUUAGUCACUUGUUACCUGAAGGUAACUGCAUUCUGAGGCAAUGGUGAGGAUUACGUGAGACACAGAAAAUGUCACAAGGUUGAGCAUUCCAUUUGGCACUAGUGAUCUUGGGGCAAUUAAGGACAUGCCCCAUUGUUUUCACUGAGAUAUCAGAUGGAUAUCACUUACCAGUGUCUUGGGCCACAACUUGACGUGAUCAUGGGGAAACCCAUGACUGGGUGCUGUUCUUAAAAAUCUCAUUAACAGAUGUGUAUGAAGGGAUGGUGGAUUUAAUUGGGACAGUGACACUGAGGGGAAGUUUUAACCCUUUCCCCAUGUGCCAUUUUCCUGAUGAGAAUUCCCAUCGCAGUGCAGCAAAAUAUACAGCUACCUGUCUUAGGCUUUGUGCUAAGGGACAAAUCGCAUCUGGGAAGGAUUUUAAAUCAGGAAAAUGGUCCAAAGAGGAAGGUUUAAAUACCCACCCAUCUCCACUGCUAUUCAACUUAAAAAGAAAAAGAAGAAAGAAGAGCUAAUCAUGAGUCCAAGGAGCAAUUCCAUUCCCAAUUUAUUAUAAAGCAGGCAAGAAGUUUAUUAAGGAAAGUAACAGGCUAAGUUGAGCAUGGGCAAGAUUGGAAAGAAACACAUUUCUAUAUAUAUAUAUAGAAAUUUUUAAAUAUAAACUCAAUUUUCUGUUAUUUUAAUAAAAGUCCUUUCCAACAUUCAACAAAAGUAAGAAUCUCAUCUGCCAGCUUGACUCACAAAAUUCAAAAUCAAAUCUGGUGAGAAAUUGCUUCCAAAGGCACUGAAAGGCAAGGUGGACAGCCUAAUCAGCAAGUGCUGUAUUAUGGGUGGGAAAAUGACAAAGGCUAUGAGGUAUUCCACUCUCCUCUUAUGUCCCUGUAACUUAACAAUUUAAAAAAAAAAUGUAUUCCCCAAAGAGGGAGGUGGAAGAAGAAUGAUUUAUUAAAGAUGGAAAAAUAAAUACAAGGAGAGAUAUGUUUACCCUAUUUUCAUAUUAUGUUUUAAAGGGCUGUAAACAACUUUGAAAUCAGUUUUCAGACUGCCUGACACUCAAUUUAUAAACAUACUCCUGCCUUUGCUUUAUAUCGGAAAGGAGAAAGUGAAACAGAGCAGAAUAAAAGCUAAGAUAGCUGUUUUGGUCCAUAAGAAAAAGCUCCAAAUUCCAUAGCUGACCACUACAUUUCUUAGAAUGACCAACUAAAAUCUCACAAAAGUAUGGCACGUUUUCAAGUUCUUCAGAACUCUUCAUCAGGCAAAAAAUUAAAAACACAAAAGUACAAAAAAUGGGCCAGAUGUUAGCUUCUACCUCCAAGGAGAUUGCAGACUCAAUAGGUCCCUCUUAGAUGCUACAUAAGCAGGUAACACACACUGGAUUCUGGGAUAAAGAAGCAAUGGCUGCUCUUCAUUGAGAAAAUAAAACCUGGCUUGUAACUUUGCCCCAAACCUUAAUGAAACACACAGGCUCUAAGAUAGGCAAACAGCAGAAGUAAAGAGAAAACAUGGCAGUACACCAUCCAAAAUUAAUCUCUGGCUUUGCUAAAUUAAAGAUGAGCUCCAGAGAACUCAAAAGCUUUUCACAAUUUUGUGACACUUUGGUUGGUUCUAUUAAAGGUUUUGUCCAGCUGGAUUUUGGAGUCCUUUCUUAUAAAUAUUAAAGGCAAAUACUUCCCCACGCCUUCAACAGUUGAUCUGCCCCUGCUAGAUCAAAAUGCAAACUGUUAGUCCAUACACUGGUAACCUCAAGGCUGAAUUACUGCAACAUGCUUUAUGUAGGGGUGCCCUAGGGCCUGGUCCAGAAGCUCCAGCUGCUGCAGAAUGCAGCGGCUAGACUGCUGAUGGAGGCACAUAGCUGUCAACAUGUGACACUAUUGUUAACAUUUCUGCACUGACUGCCCAUCUGCUACUGACCCAGACUCAAGGUCUUUGUGUUAAUUUACAAAGUUCUGAAUAACUUAGAUCCAGGGCACUUUACAAGACUCCCUGAACUCUUAAAUUCCAACUCGUCUGUUGGAGUGUUGCCGGUUGUCUAGUGAGUUGGUAAGGCUCAUUGGACAUCAAUAUGAAACCAAGCCUUGUGUUAUUCGGCCACUCCUGUAGAAUGCUCUUUCCACAGAUUCAACAGGUGCCCUCUAUACUAUCUUUGAAAUGUUUGCUGAAAACUUUUCUUUGCUACCACGCUCAUGCAGACAAUUAAGAAAAAUAUUUUCUGUAACAGUCAACUGGUGAUCUGUCUUCAUUUUUGUGUGGUUUUUAUUGUAUUACAAUUGUUAUAAACCACUUUGAUAUUUUUAUGAAAUUGCGGUAUAUAAAUAUUUUUAUA